AUGACAAAAAAUCUGGAAUGCUCAAUUUGCCUAGAGUUAUUAAAAAAUCCAGUGUCCACAAAAUGUGAACAUCAGUUUUGCAGGUUUUGUAUCAUCCAGUUUCUAAACAAGAAGAGAUCAGUACCAUGUCCUUUGUGUAAAAAGCCAGUCACUGAAAGGAGUUUACAAGAAAGAGAGGAACUUGCUAUUAUUGUGCAGAAUAUAGGAGAUUUAAUUGCAGCCUUCCAGGAAGAUUCUGGAGAUAUCUUUACUCCUCCAAAAGGUCCAUUAAUACAAUGUUUUUCUCCUGCCACUCCAGAACCAUUGAACCACACUCGACUACGUUCUAAAACAAAAUCAUCUAAAACCACAUCCAGAAAUCAGGUUUCUGGUAGAAUCAGUAGUAAUUUUAGUCUUGUGCCAUCUGAGUCAGACAAUGAUGAUGUAAGUGAUUUACAGAGAACAGUUAAAACUUCAACUAGAAGGAAAUCCAACCAAGCACAAACUGAACUUCAGAAUGGUGUGUCGAAGCAUGACAAAGGUAAUACUUCUUCCAGAGUUCCUCAUUGUGGCACUCCUAAAGAAGUUCCCAACUUAUGUGCCAGUUGUAUUGAACCUUCUCAAAAAUACCAAAGAUCAGGUACUGAUAGGACUAAGUUUCUUGCGUCAGCUCCUACUCGAACGUCAAAACCAACCAAUAGUGCUACUACUGAAAGGUUACUGUCCUGUCAAAAACAGCAAAAAGUAACCACAAGCCCCACGAGUGCUUGUCUUCGUCUUCAAAAGAAUCAUGGGUUAUCUGUCAUGGAGUCUUCUAAUUUUAAUUCAAAAGACUCUGUCCAUUAUGCCCAAGACAUUGGAAAUGAUGAUGCCAAUGAAAUCAUUUCUCUUUCGGGCAAACAUCAAAAUUGUAAAGAUCUUAUCAGUAAUAAUAUAAAUCAAUCUGGAACAGAAAAACCAUUAGGAGUGGCUAAGUCAGCCAGGCAUACCACCGCUGCAAAGUCUAAUAUUAGGCAAUCCAAAAGAAAGUCUUGUGUUGUGACAGUAUCUGAUGAACUGCUGAUUGUCCUAGAAGAUGGAUCAUUAGGAGCAAAUACUGCCAGUACUCAAUCCAGUUUUCUUCAUGUGACGGAAGAUUCUAAUAAAAAGUUUAUCAAUCCAGAACAAGUUGAGAAUAUUGUGUCUUUUAAAUCUUCUCAUAUGGAUUCACUUUUAAAUAAUGAUUUUCCUGCAAGGUCAUCAGUAAUGUCAAAAGGAGCUGAAGAGGAGCCUUUAGAUCAUUGUUCUUUUUUAGAAAAGCAUGAUGAUUUAGACUCUAGAAUUUAUUCUGUAUUGAAAAAUUCCCCGAUGGACAGUAAUGAAUCUUUAUCAGGAAUCAGAACUUCCACAAAAACUGUUGAGAAUUCCACAAGCCUUAAAGUUAUCAUGCAGGAUCAAGCUCAAUCCAGAAAACCAAUCUUGAUUGAGUGUUGUCCAAAAUCGAAAAAUAUUUCUAGCAGUAAAAAUUUAGCGAAGGCUAGACAGCCAAAAGAGAAAACCAGGAGAAGAAAGAUACACAGUGAUUCUGAAGAAUAUGAACCGUCUGUAACAACAGAUGAUGAUGUCAUCCCAGAAACCAUCCAAACCGGUUCACAAAUGCAUCAAACCUCUCAAAGCUCCAAUGUCAGCUAUGAUGUAAAAUUUUAUGAUAGCCCAUCAAAAGAUCCAAAUCGCAAGAAAUCUAGAUCAGCGAAACAACAAUCAAUGCGGAGAAUGUCUGAUCGUUUAAAAAAAAUCCAGGAAAAAAAAGAUACGGGUAGUCCAGAAACAUCCUGUUUGACUCAAGGAGGGGUAAAAACUCCCAAAUUGGUAACAAGAACCUAUGGUAAAAUUUGUAAAGGAAGCCUGGUCAAGAAAACUAGGGAAGAUGAAACUUGGAAACAAAUUGUUCCUUCAGAUGAAGAAGCUGUUCCUCAGGAGUCAGAGAGUUGUGACAGUGAUGUUGUGGAUCAAAUUGAAGAUUCUAAUGCCACUACUGUUGAAUACCAUAGCUCAGCAUUUGGAUUUAAUACUAAAAACCUUGCUAAAGAUGGUGUUAAAAACCUUCAGCGCAAAAGACCAGUGAAUCCUAACCUGGCUGAUGAGUUGCAUUCUAAGGAUGUUUCAACAAAACCAUCUGUACGACAAAGGAUGCCUAGAAGUCCAAUUAGCCCAAAGAGAAAAGCUUCUUCUGCAAGUAGAAUGCCAACAGUUCAAAUUGAUACUUCAACACCUCCAAGAGUCAUCAGUAAGAGCACCCCUGUAUCUGCUAAUGGUACACCAUUGAAGUAUGGACGUGGUAAGCUUCUUCCAACUCCGUUUAAUGAAUCAUUAGAUACUUCUCUGAUGUCAAGGUCAUCUGGAUACAUUCCCAAAAAGACCAGCCACAAUAGAAAAGUCAAAGUCAAAAUGGAUGCUAAAGGUAAACUUCACAUGAGCUUAGAAAAUAGAAAGUCACCCAGAAGUAACAGGAAUUUCAUAAAGCCAAUCACUAAUACAGCUGACUUCAUCACAGCUAGAAUUGUAAAACCUACUCCUUCUCCUAAUAUAAUAAUGGAUCCUUUUGAAUUCAAAAGCAGUCAGACUCCCAAAGAUAGGAAGAGGAAACAAGUAAAACAAAGAAAACCUGCCAAGAAAUCAAACCGCUUAGCUAUGCUGGGAAAGAAAGCAGCUUUAGAAAUUCUGAAAGAGAACCAGAAGUCAUCAAGGGAAAGCAGCAAAGAAAAAAUCCGAAGAUUUGUGACUUUUGCAGAAACUCAACCCGUUGUGAUAGACAUCACCCAAGACAGCACUCAUUCAGAUUCUGAAUCGAUAUUAAUUGAAGAUUCUACUUCUCAAGAUGAUCAGAACCAACUUGAACUACGCCAUCCCCAGAGUAUACAGAAGACAGAAGAACCACUUGAUCCAAUGGAAGACUCCAACCUUCCCCAAUGUACAACUGAAGCCUCCAUAAAAAUCAUAGUAAACAAACCUCAGUCUCCAUUAACAACUGAAACUGAUAUCAGUUGCAUUGCUGACUCUGUGGAAGAAGAUGAAGCAGGUUCUUCAUCAGAAAAGCAGGUCAUCCAAGAGACACCAGUUUCUGAUUCCCCAGAAUUGUGUUCAGGACAUGUUCAUGGUGAUUCUGAAAAAAAUACUGCUGAACAUAUGAAAUCUAGUUCACCAAGAAAGCAGCUAGUUGAUUCAUCAAAUCAUAGUCACAUUCAAGUUCCCAGAAAUAUGAAUUUGCCCAGCUGCAGUCACACUCAGGAGCUGUUUUCUGGUACUGGUAAGAGAGGUCCAUAUGCAGAUAGUAGUGGUAAAACCUUGACUACACCUAAAAUGAUUUCAUCUUUAAAUGUUACAAAGGAAAUUAAUCAGAUAUCCAGUUCUCCGCCAAUUGGAGACCAUUCCCAUGGUAUACCUCCUGAGUCACAAACUCAAAAAUUGAAUAGCAAAAAAGUUAGGGAUGUUGUUGGAUCAGCUUCUAAAUCACAAAACAAAUGUAUUCCCACAACUAAAGAUUGCCCAGAAGAAUCAAUGGAUAAUAAACCGGGAGAUGCUAUUCAACCCAUGAGCACCUCAAAAGGCCUACAGAAAAGUAAAGGAUCAACAAGAUUGUUAGUUGUGAGUGAAAGUAGAAGUUCUGAUUCAUCAAGCUCAACAAGACCUCGAAGGAAGCGAAAAUCAUUAGACAAAUUGUCUAAUAGUGAUCAAAAAUCAAUAAAAACAACCAAAUACCAAACUGAAGCUUCAACUGCUAAUGUUUUAACCUCACUGCCUUGUACUAAGAUGUCAAAUGGACAGCCUAUCACAUCCAAUGAUGCUGAUCUUAUGCCAAGGACAAACACAAGAGAUAAGACUAAAGCUAAACAUAAAGCUAAAAGAGACAGACGAAAAAAUCCAAAGAAACCAGAGAAUCGAGAACACGAAAUGUUGCAGUUGAUGAACAAGAUUAAUAAUGCUGAGGAUCACGACUUCAUGUUCAGUACCCAAGAAGCCUAUUCUAGUAUGGACAGCCAGCCUGCUGUAAAUGAUACAACCAUAGCAGGCAAUCAUGAAAUACCAAAUACUAUCUCUGACAUAGUAGAGAACACUGAAGAUAAUCAAGUUAAUGCCAUUGAGGAAAGCCACUCAGAUGAAGAAGCUGUUGAGGACUCUGUACUUAUACGGCGGAGUGAUGAAGAUGUAGACCAGACUACUGUUGAUGCUAACAAUGAUACCAGUUUGGGAGAUGAAAACAGCAUCCUUCUGAAUAAUAAUUUUAGGGAUAGUUUGGAAUUACAACAAGAUAGCACCAACAUGAAUAAAGAAGAUGAAAUUGAAGAUGUUAAUGGAACCCAUUUGCAUGAAGAUUAUGAAAUGGAUCAAAGUGGUCCAAAGGGUAUCUUGACAACGAAAGAAGGUUCUCCACAUAAAGAUGAAGCUCAAGAUUCUAAUAGAUCUUCACUGUUUGGACCAUCAGCUGAUCUCAUUUCUUCAUUGGGUAAGGACAAAGUUAGUGAAUCAACCAAAGAAGAGUUCGGAAAUGAAUUGGUCAACGAGGCAGAUUUUCUUUUUAGUGGUAUUGGUAAUGCAACUUCAAAAGCUGAAAUUCUAAAUAUGGAUGAUCAGGACCCUGGUUUUAUCAGAAAACCAGUUAAAGAUCUCUCGACACCGCUUCUGUAUUCACCAUCACAGUGCAAAGAUGGUCAGAGUUCCUCGAACAGAAGGGGUGCUGACAACUUGAGAACAUCUGGUACACACACUGCACCGUCUCCAUCAGACUCAAAUGGUAACAAGCAGCCAAAUGUAGGAAGAACAGCAGUGGCAGAAGACGCUUUGAUCAAACCCUCUCCAAGUUCAUCCUCAAAAGAGUCCAAAAGAGACAUCAGAAAUGUAAAGAAGAUUCCCAAGAAAAAGAAGGGUAGAAAGACUAAGUCCAUACAAGCUAUUUUAAGAUCAACUGAUGAAUCAGACCAAUCAUUGAAUGAUUCUGUGCAAAGCCUGACGUGUAUUCCACCAACACCAAUGGUUGAGAGGAAAUUAACCCAGAGUCAGAAAGAGCUACGGAGGGAGUCUGAUAAGCUGGAUGAUGAUUGGAUGGAAACCCAAGAUCUGACCACAGCAGGUGAUGAACGAUCUGAUGAUGGCCAUAGUUCCGGGUUUAAGUUAAAAAAGAAACUGAACAAAGACAGACAAGUACAAAAUGAUGAAAUAGCAUCAAAUCCUUCAGGCCAAACCGAAUCUGCUAGUGAAUCCCUGCUUAAACCUGAUACAAAGAAGCUGAUAGACCUGGCCAAACCUACCCAACAUCAAGACAGCCGAAAAAGCCAUCCAUCAAAAGAAUGUUCAAAUGUUGGUUUGGAGAGACUUUCACCAGGGGUACCCUCGGAUUUUAGUGGUUCAGAGAGUUCAUUAUUGAAGAGGAAAAGAACUUUUUCAUCUCUGAAGAAACAAAGUCGGUCUGGAACGCCACCUUCCCAAAACAGUUGUGACUCAUUAGCACCUGAUUCUAAAUCUCAACAAUCCGACUUGAUUAUUGCAGAAACUAAUGUAGUUGGUAGCAGUGAAGAUGAACUCAAUGUGCGCCGGAAAAAACGCAAAUGUUUUUCUCUUGAAGGAAGUCCAAUGAGAGUCAGAUCAAAAAAUAGUCAGUCCCAUCUGUCCAAUCAAUCUUCUCAAACUUCCCAAAAGUCCUGUGGUCUUAUGAGUCUAGAUCAGAAAAACAUAGAAGAUGUAGAUGGAGUAUCUCAGAUGAAUGACAAAAAUGACACAAAUCAAAAAGAAAAUGUCCGGAAGAAGAAGUCUCUUUUUACGAAACAUUCAAAGAAUGAAACCAGCAAUUCCCCAAAACUGCAAAGUAGUAUUGAUCAUUCGUAUGAAAAGAGAGUCACUAGUAAAGACAGACGUAAAGAAUCAUCUCAGCUCCAAGUACCAUGCAUGCCAAAAGAAGAUUCUGUCCAAAAUUUGACUAUGGAUGGUGCAAAAUCUCAACAAAACUGUCCAAAUGAUUCUGAAGAAGAUGUUAUUGAAAUAUUGUCUUCUGCAAAUCCUCAAAGGCAGACGGCAUUAGAAAAUGCUGAAACACUUCCUCCGUCUGGUUUGCCAAUGGAAUGGACUAAAGAUGAUUCUUCAGAAGAUGAAGUUAUUCAGGACACAUUUGAAAAUGAAAAUACCAUCCAGAAAACAGAUGUGGUUGGUAAGAAAAAAUCUCAUUUAAAAGACCCCAUGAAAAAAAUAUCAGAUAGUAAUAAGGAAAAUAAGUUUGAAGAUCAUGAUGAUGAAGCAGUAGAAGAUAAUCAUUGUGGUGCUGGUGAAGAUGAAAAGGACUCUUGUAAUGAAGUUGAAGAUGACCAGUAUGCAGAUCUUCCACUAACAAGCUCUCCUGUGAUGGCAACUGGUAGAAGUGUCUUGUCUGGUUUGCAGCCUCAUGAAGAAGAAAAGUCAGAUAGCAAUGUUGAUGAAGAUGAUGAAGAUGAUGAUGAUGAAGAUGAUGAUGGUGAUGUUGUGAGGAAUGUUAAAAGAACAAGUAGUGCUGUUAUUGAAUCAGAUGAAGACAAUCUUAGUGAUAAUGAAUCUACCAAUAUGAAUUCAUCAAGUGCCUUCUCAAGUCAGAGUGAAGUAACAACACAGCAAAGAGGAGCAAUAACAUCCAAUAUUCUUAAGAUGAAGCAGCAGAUUAAACAGCUUGAAGCAGAGCUGGCUGUAAAAGGUUCCGAUAAUGUCGUGAAUGACAGUGAUAGUGAUUCUAGUGACAGUGAUGAAAGAGAUUCAUUAAGAAUUUCCUCAAAGAAAAAGAAACAAAAAGAAAUCACUACAAUCAGAUCAUCUCCUGAAAUAGAGAAUACUAAAAGUGAUGAUAGUGACAGUGAUUUAUUCCUCAGUCCACUUCAGUACUCACCACCAGCACUGGAGUCAGAGGAAGACCACUAUCAACUUCCAGAAGUCAACAGAGAAAUGUCCAUGCCUAAUCUAUUAAAUCAGCUUACAGAACAACAAGUUGAUGGUGCUGAAGACACUGAUGAUGAGGAUGAGUUGGAUGAUUUAUCUUUUAAAGGUAAGAAGCAAGAAAUGGUGGCUUCAUGUAAGGAUACUAAGGUACAAGAUGAAGAUGUUGAUGAUGAUGAUGACACCAAUGAACUGGUUGAACAGGAUGAGAUGGAUGAUAUAUCUUCUAAGGGUCACAAGCAAAACUUGGUACCUUCUCGUAAGGAUCCUAUGGUACAAGAUGAUGAUGAUGAACCACUUCCACCAACUCCACAAGAUGUUUCCAAAAUUCAGGAUAAAUCAACAUUGCAACCUUCCCAAAAUCGGAAGGUUACACCAAAUGAGCAAAGUGAUCAAAUGAUUGACUUUGUGGCUGAUUCACUACCACAGACUUUUAAAGAAGUGGACCUGAAUCAGGAUUCCAAUCAGAUACAACAACAUGAAGAAGAUCCAGAACCAAUGAGUGAUGAAUUUGACACCUGCAUGGAGUCAGAAGAAGAAGUAAAUCAGGCUGGAAUUCCGAACUCUGGUGAUAAAAAUGUUAAAUCCAGUGAUGAAGAUGUUGUUGACUUGCCAGAUGAAGUCAAGAAAGCUAUGGAAAUACUUCAGAAAUAUAAAUCUGAAGUUAUGAACAGCCAAAAUUCAUCUUCGUCAAAACUAAGUAAUAAAUCAACACCAAUUUCAAAUAAUUGGAAGAAAAGGGUAACAGAAAAAUCACCUCUGGUCAGUAGUGGAAAAGUUUCAACUCCAAGUCGAAUCAGCUUAGAUCAAAUUGAUCAAACUUUAAGAGAUGUUACCCCAAAUAGAUUGGCAAGAGGUAGAAAUGGCAUAGAAAAUAACUCUUCAGACUCAACACCAGUAAGGAGGAUCCCUAAAUUCAGUUCCAGGAAGUCAACUCCUUUCCAAUCUCCAAGAUCAUCCAAAGAUGCAACACCUAAAGAUUCUAAAGAUGCAACACCUUCUAAAAAUUCCAGUAUCAUAUUUGAACGUAAGGUUUCACAAUCAACUGCUGGACCUAAAAUAGAAUCUCCAAGAACUCCCAACAAUGGCAGUGUCAUUAAAAGAACACCAGACUCUCGAGUGUCAAAAAGAGUUACAACUCCUAAACGGCAAACCACUCCAGGUGGUAAAUGGUCAGCUGAAAGUAGACGUGUGCUCAGCAUGCGAACUCCAAAUGUACCAGUUUGUAGAAAUGAUAAUCUGAAAUGUAAUUUUGCUGCCAGUGGAUUGAGCAAAGAUCAAGCUGAAAAUGUAAUAAAGCUAGCUGGUUUGAACGACUGUAAAUUUUAUGGUAAAAUUAAUAAACACAUUACCCAUCUAAUAGUUAAAACAGUUUCUAAUGAGAGUAGAGUAUGUGAAAGAACAUUAAAGUUUUUCCAAGCUAUAGCUCACAAGUUAUGGAUCUUAUCUUAUAGUUGGGUAGAAGAGUCUUUAAAAGCUGGUCAUAUGGUGUUAGAGAAUCCAUAUGAAAUAUUAGGAGAUACAGUGACUGGUGAUUCUCAUUAUGGACCUAGUUUAUCACGUCUGUCUCAAGAUAAACUGUUCCAGAAUCUAGCUGUUACUUGUGUUGGUUCAAGUAACGAUAUGUCUAAAGCUGAUAUGGUCAAUCUGUUUGAAUCACUUGGAGCAGAGGUGGUAGGUGAUGUUGACACUUUAUCUUGUUUGAGAUGUAAUUCACAAGUUAAGAAACUGAUUGUUUCCAACAAAGACACGAUGGAUACUGAGCUACCACCAGAAGAAAGAAAUUGUUAUAAAAAUUAUUACAGUACCACUGGGUUGGUGACCGUAUCAAGAGAAUGGGUUUUAGACUGUAUUAGUACCUAUAAGUUAUUACCUACUAAAAAUUAUUUAUUUACUCCUCGUCCGGUUCGAGUUCCGUUUUGA